AUGGAUAUGGUUGGUGAGAAACAAUCCAAUAGAAGAAGAUGCAAGCUAGAAGAAGAUCAACCCGAAAGCUGGAUUCAUAGCCUGCCUCAUGACAUCGCCAUGGACAUACUUUCAAGGCUACCUGUAACAUCUCUCAUUCAAGUCAAGUUUGUAUCCCGAGCCUCGCAGAUCUUGACAAACGAUCCACUUCUGGUUAAGUUGCACCUCUCCGAGACAGCGAAGAACACUCCUUGCCUUAUAUUUCACAGUGACUAUCCGAUUCGAAACCAGCUCUAUUUUGUUGAGCCUUCUGAUCAUGAAGAUCAGAAAGAGAUUGUGAGGAAAAUUCAGACUCCUUUCCCUGCUUCUAUGCCAGAAUUUAAUGUGGUCGGCUCAUGUAAUGGAUUAUUAUUCUUAUCUGAUUCGUUAUACGAUGAUUCACUCUAUGUGUACAAUCCUUUUACUAGGAAACACAAAGAGCUGCCCAAAUCCAUUCAAUUUGAACAACAAGAGGUGAUGUUUGGAUUUGGGUUUCAUCCAGUUACCAAUGAGUACAAGGUGAUCAAAAUAAUCUACUAUUACAAUGCCUAUAGUGGUUAUGGUCGAGGUUGGCGUUAUGGCAGAUUCAGAAUCCAUGACUCUCCCCACCCAGAGGCUCAAAUACUUAGUCUGAGUAGUAACAUAUGGAGAAGUAUUGGAAAAGUACCUUAUCAACUAGACAGAAGGUCAUCAGAAGCCUUAGUGAAUGGGCGGCUUCAUUGGCUGACCCGACGGGUGAAGAAUAACGGGGUUCGUGGCCAGAUCAUGGUAUCUUUUGACCUAGCAGAUGAGCAAUUCCGUGAGGUACCAAGAGCUGACAAUAAUGCUUUCCUAACUAGGCGUAACUGUUAUUUGACAGUUCUAGGAGGGUGCCUCUCUGCAGUUGUGCCUUUAAAAUAUGGGAGAUUGGAGAUUUGGGUAAUGAAAGAAUAUAAUGUCAGAGAGUCUUGGUUCAAGCAGUAUGACAUUGCAGCUGACUUGCCAAAGAAUGUAGAUCAAGAUCUGAAGAGACCAUACGCCAUUUGGAAGAACAUUAUGAAUAAGAGAAUCGUUAGGAAUAAGAGAAUCGUUCGAAUCCUAUGUCUUCUGAAGAAUGGCAAGAUCUUACUAGAGUACAGAGGUGGAAACCUUGUUUCUUAUGAUCCGGAGAGUGAAACAUUUGAGAAUAUGAUGUUUCAGGGGAUGCCUAAUUUGUUUCAAACAGUUGUUCAUGUUGGUAGUCUUAAUUGGAUUGCUAAUCCUACUGAAUUGUAA